CUAUGACCAUCAGUUGUUGUUUGUGUCAGGGAAGGAGUGGUUGUGUUGUUUUGAAUUUAUUUCGAUUAUUUUAUUUUGGCCGUAGAUUGUAGUAUACUUUCCAUAAAUUUACACUAGAGACCCUGUAGUUUUUAGUGAAGCACAGGAGAUCUUUCUGUUAUAGAAUAAUAUUUUUAAACCCCCGUUUUCACAAUGCAAGAAACCGUUACAAAUACAAAUGAGAGAAAAACCCUGUUUUCCUCGUAUUUCGACAUCCUGGAGUCUAAAGAGAAGCAGGCACAGGAGGAGCGCCAGCUGCAGGAGGAGAAGUAUCUGAGAAGGACCCAGAAGAUAUACGAAUUUCAUGAGCGGCAACGUCGCGAGGCCGUCGAGCUGCGUCGCUGCCUGGACUACGUCUCGUCGCACGCGCACGUCCUCGAGACCGUCCUCCGCGGCUCCGGCACGGCUGGCGAGGGCCCGGUGCCUCUCAGCGCGGCGCUCGUGAGGCAAGCGGCAACGCUGCAGAGGUGCAUGGCGCAGUGUGUGGCGAAUGCGAGCAAGAUUAGACAGCUGUUGACGGCCACGCAUCGCGAUCAGAUGGACAGUAUGCUGAAUAAGAUGGAAAACGAGCUACGCAGUUGGACGGCGUUCCUGCACCGCGCCGUGGACGCCACCUACAACACCGAGAUCGUCGUCGAUAACCUCCACAAUAUGAUCGCGGAGCAGCGUCGAUACGUGCGCGAAGUAUCCUCCAGCACGGUCCUGACCUCCCUGUGCGCGGAGGGCGAGGGGGGCGCGGCGGGGGACGGGGAGGGUUCCCCCCGCGACCGCCGCCCGCCCUCCAACAACGCGUGUAGCACGCCCAUCGCGCGCGACUGAGGAAUAAUGCGCCUGCUGUGCGCCACCGCAGGCUGUCUUCAACCCUCUCCUACGCAUGUUUAGAGGCUCCUACACAUAGUGCCGGCGGCUGUCAACAGUAGGGAUGCCCGAUUUUUAGGCUUGAAUCGAUCUUAUGGAUCGUAAUGGAUCGUAACUCCGUGAUUCGAUUCUCGAUCUAGAUCGUAUGGCUUUGAAUCUCGAUCUUGGAAGAUCGUAUCAUAAAAUUUAUUUUUGUGUACAUUCUUGAUAUAAAUUGUAUGGCUUUGAAUCGAUCUAAAAAAAUCGGUAGAUCGUAUUGCCGUGAAUCGAUAGAUCUACCAGAAGAUCGAUUCAGAUCGGGCAUCCCUAGUCUACACUCUACAGCCAAGCCGCCGGCAAUGCAUAGCCGCUCGGCAUGUGUGUAGAAGGCUUAGGCACGUUUUGUUUCGAUGCUAGAUAAGUCUAGGUGUUGUGUGCUCAAAGCUACGAACAGUAUUGUUAAGCCUCGGCGUGUUAUGUAUUGUAGAGGAUUUGUAGUUUAGAGUUGGUGGACGCUUAUCGUUGGAAACUAUUGAUAAAAAUACACUCGAAACGUUCCGCCGAACUAUUGCAGAUCGAUACCCGAAUAGCUGUAGCGGCUAAUCAAUAAACAUAAAAAGUACAUGAGCCGGUAAAACCGCGUCUAUUUAUAUUUUAGAGACUAAUUUCGCUCGGAAAAGAUGUUAGUCGCGUCCGACGGUUUACGACACGUUGCCGAGUCAUUAAAUCUAUAAAAGUGUCGUUUGAACAUCGCCCGUGAAAGUUUGGCGUGUUCCGCCGCUUUAUAAUGUGUCAUUAGAAAAGCGCGGCUAUUAUUGAUAAUGGGAGGAUUUUGCGAGUAGGUACAAAGUGUGAGGUCGAAUCACUGCCUUGCCGAAUGUGUUCAACUAACGACAUCUGUGGGCUCAUUCUUGAAACAUUUAUUGAUUUUUCGUAUUGCUUUUAAAAUACUAGCGCACUUGAGAUGUCUAUGAUAAAUGGGUUUGAAUGGUUAGAUUCGAUUAGUGUAUUUUUGCGCAUGAUAUUCCUAGUUUCGCUUACGUCAAUAUUAAAGUUGUAUCAAGAGUAAGCCUGAAGGUCGAAACUAUCGUUCUUUAUAUUCAUGUUCAUGAUAUCGCUGUUAACCUGUUUCCCACAAAAAUAUUUUUAAAAUGUACACUAUUCAUUAGGACGCGAGAUAAGCAUGCAUAUUGUAUGUGAAAUUUUGAAUAUAAUGGAACAAUUUAAGUAGGUAUAUAAAAAUAGCAUACGUUGUUGUGUCGGAUUUCGUCGUCUUGCUUCUUUAUAUUUUAACGUUAGUAAUAUUUUUGUUUAACUGUAAGAAUGCCUUAGUUACUAUCAUCGAAAUAUUUUACUAUACAUUUAUCUAUCCUUAGCGGUGGUACAGUUAGAAAUUAGUAUAAACAUGGUUUGUGGUGUGUGCACUCAUUGUUUGUUGAAGUUCACAAAUCAUAAACAAUUUAGGAUAAGUUUUUUUUAUGUAUUUACAUUUUUCUCUUGCCCUUAUAAAUUGAUCUGAUUUUAAAGAUACGUUACGGAGGCACCUUUCUCUUAUUUUAUAUGUAAAUCUCUGUGUUAUGUAUAACAUAAUGUAUCUGCUAUUAUGUAUAGUACAAGUAAAGCUUUGGUAGAGGUAGUAUAUUCAUACAGGGUGCUGUAAGACGGUAGGUAUUGUGAGAGAAAAGUUUUGAUAAUUUUGGAAAUACACAAUAACCUCCUUAACACCCUGUAUUAUAUACGUUUCAAACAGUAUAAAGUUGUGGCCAAAUUUUUCGUAGAUAUACAUACCUGUGUCGUUUUUUAAGAAAGCUACCUCUCUUUUAUAAAACAUUCUUUGUUACAUUAAUAAACUUACCAACCUACAUAAAAAGUAAGACACAACAAUGACAGUAUUUUUUCACAUUUAUAAUCUUUUUCCUGUAUAAAUAUAAAAUUUUAUCUUCAAUAAAUAUAAAUUAAAUACCUUAUGUGAUUUGCUAAAUGUAUUUUUUAAAGAUAAUGAGAUUUGCUUAUUGUGUGUGAUAGAAUGUCAACGAAAAUUAUUAAAAUAUUUUAUCGGACAUUAUAAAUGUAUUUCAUAUCUUUGUAUUAAUAUAGUCGCGGGACCCCGAACCAUUUAAUGUUGUUGUUGUGAAUGUUAAAGAUGCUAUUGAUAUAAUCAAUUUACUAAUCGUAAUUAGCUUUCAAUGUACGCGCCACAUAAUAAUAGACAAUAUUGCCUAUUGUUUCCCAGCAUGAGUUUAACCAGGUCACAUUAAGCAAUAGAGUCCAUUAUUGUGUGGCCGCCGCAUAUAUUGCCUGUUCAGAGUGUUUCUUAGAUUUUUGACUAAAAGAGAGAAUUACUAUAUAUGGAUGUUGUGUGUAGUUAGAUGUGUAGAGAUAUCGUUAUUUCAUAAAGUAUUUGUUAUUGAAAUUGUAUGGCAUAACACGACAUGUGGUUAAGAUCUGGAUCGCACCGUUUUUUUUACUUUGUACCUUAUACACUGAGUUGUUAAGGUUGGUUUUCAUGUCGUCGAUUUCUUGGAAAGACAAAACACUGCCUUUUGCCUAAACGGAUCUUAGUGCAUUAUUACAAUAUACGUGUCUUUGCUAAUUGUGUUCAAAUAAAGCAUUUACUAUAGAGUUGGAUGCAACUUACGCUAGUUAAUUAUUACUAACUAUAUUCUCACUCGUUCGUAGAAAUGUGUAGGACGUAACAUUUUGAAAUAAAAUACCGUUUUCAUACUUUGUGAUGUAUUUUCAAUAUUAUAAACGUUUGAACAUUGUAUAUUGUUUCUAAUCUCUACAAUCUCUAUGUCAGUUAUAAAAAUAUAUAAAAUGUAUUAAGUACAUUGUACUAUCGCACGCGCAUAAAUAAUACAAAACAUAAUUUCAAAUCAAUUUUAAGUAAAGUUCAAAAUUCAUGAUUUGAAGAAAGUGAUAAAAUAUCUGCCCAAAAACUGUUUUAUAAAUGAUGCGCGUAGCUAUACACAAUGUCCACACAUUCCGUAGUACGUAUACAUAAUAUUUUGUGGUACAACUUAACUAUUGUAAAUAUAUGGAUAUUUUAAAAUAAA